CCAGCAAGUUGAAGCACAUGGAGAAGGAGUACAGUCACAAGCUGGCCAGGUCUGCACAGAUUAUUGGGGAGCUCCAGCAGUCGUUGUGCAACUCAAAGGAGGAAGUUGUUAGUUUGCAACAGACCAUGAAGAGACAACUGGAGGAGGCUGAACAUGGAUGGGCGCAGGAGAGGAAAGAGUUCAACCAGCAGGCCAACCAGGCUAACAAGGUGAUGGUGGAGCUCCAGCAGUCGGUGUGCAGCUCCAAUGAGGAAGCAGUCAGUCUGCAGCAGACCUUAAAGAGACAACUGGAGGAGGCCCGACAAGGAUGGCUACAGGAGAGGAGAACUAUAACGCAGCAGGCCCACCAGGCCAACAAGGCUGUGCAGGAGAAGGUGGAAAGCCUACAGAGGAGGCUGCACAGCACAGAGAAGACGCUGCUCAGCAAAGAGUUGGAGACUGAAGAGAAGGUCACCAUGGUGUGUCAGAAGUACGAGGACAAGAUGAAAGGUCUGAUCCCGGCUGAGUUAAGACAGGAACUGGAGGAUACCAUCACCUCACUCAAAUAUCAGGUGGAUUUCCUUCAGAGGCGAGCCUCGGCCUUGCAGGAAGACCUGGACGCAUGUCGCAGAAAGAGGUAGCGCCCAGUGGGGACGUCCAUCCGGCAGGAAGACAGCCAAUCAGAUGUGAGCGUCUCCGAUACCAGACAUGUUGGUUUGUCUUCAUUAUACAGUCACACAUUUACCUGGUCAGGUUACACACAAUCUAAGACAUACUUGCCAACCCUCCCGAAUUUUCCGGGAGACUCCCGAAUUUCAGGGACAACCAUUCUCCCGAAUUUUUCCCGAUUUCCAGCCGGACUUAAGGCACGCCCCCUCCAGGUCCGCCUGUCGUCACGUCCGCUUGGCCAACCAAAAAGUAACCACAGAACACUAUACCGUGUAGUGUUCUGUCAACGGUUCACGUUGUAUCGCGCACCCUGACGGCAAGUGUGGGAGUCGGUUCUGAAGUACGAAGUAAAGAGACGUAACUUCGUCACCUCGCCUGGUUGUUGACUCCAACCCAGAAUAUUACACUGCCCAUACCUAUGCUCCUUCAAAGGCUGUGCUACUGGCGGCAAAGCAUUGCACUUUCAAAUACAACAAUGAAUAGAGGAGUGUUGUG